AUGAGUAGCGGUAGCUUUAGAAGCAGCGGCAAUUCGGGCCUAUUUGGCGAAAAAUGGCGUCCAGGUGUGAAGCUGGUCACCUACGACGACGGGAUUCCAUUUACGGCAUUUCUCGAAGAGGAAAGUCUGCGAAACUAUCGUCAGAAUCUCACCAACGAAUUUGUUUUGAAUUUGCGGAUCUUCCGUGAAGGCCUAAUUCUUCCAACGCCGAUCGGUCGAAAUCGACACGAAUUUGUCAUGCUCGAGUCAACCCAUUGGUACUGGACAUUCGAGAAGAAUACUGAAUGCAUUCUGGCAAUCGGCGUCACCGAUUACCGCGUGAAAAAUAAAAUCAGGGAAUCGUAUUCGUUGUUCGACGUCUUGGAAUGGAUUCUGGAUUCGGGCCAACUCAGUCAUGACUACAAUGUUUUCGCGAGAAACUGCCAGGUGUUCGCGAGGGAUCUGUUCUUCUCGAUUCCCGGUUCGGCUCCAUUUGCCGUCAUCGGGACUAUUCUCGAGAAUGCGUUGCCACGGAUUCUACCGCUUCCCUAA